GGGAAGAUUUUCCUCCGCCCAGCAAGAGAAGAAGCAGUGCCAAUUCCGGGAGGCAGCCAAGAUCAUCGUCACAGAACAAGGACAAGUCUGUUGGCUGCCCCUCCUCACGCAAGCGACGGCCCUUGGCCUUAGUCGCUUGAACUUCCCUCCAUUAUUACCUAGGGCUUAGGGCUUCUUAGCAGAAGGGGAACGAAUGGAUCAAGUGUUCCUCUCCUCGGACAUCAAUUUUCCGGUAACAGCUCUUGUAGAGUCCUUGCAGGGAGAUUUGCGCUCGCGUCCAAGCUCUCAAGAAGAUCUCUCUCCUGCGCUCUAUGUGGAAUGCGCGCUCUACAUUGAUGGAUCGCCUUUUGGCCUCGUCACAAGAACUGGAUUGGCAAUCGAAAAGCCUUAUAAAUGGAACGAGGCGAUCACACUUACUGGAAAGUACAGAGAUUUGUCUUUGAAUGCGCAGCUAGCUUUCACUGUGUGGGAUGUAUCGAACCCAUUGCAAGAAAUCGCCGUAGGUGGUUCAACUCUUAGGCUAUUUAACAGUAAGGGGCAGCUUAAAACUGGAAAGCAGAGGCUCAGGCUUUGGCGAGGGCGUGUUGCCGAUGGUUCCGCUGUAAGCACCACGCCUGGCAAGGUGCCGGAAGGUGAGAGAGGGGAAGGGGAACGUCUUGACAAGCUCCUUUCGAAGUAUGAAAGAGGAGACAUCGAACACAUUGACUGGCUGGACAACUCGGCUUUGAAAGCUAUCGACAAGAUCAUGGCAGAGCAGAAAAAGAGCAGCACUCAUAUUUUUUUGACAGUGAAGUUGUGGUCAUUCGGACACGCCGUCGAGUACCAGGAACGAGCUGAAGCUUUACUUUCUCAGCCACCGACUUCUAGAACUUUGUGUGCACUAUGGGAUACCGAGAUUGGUCGUGAAAAUCCCUGUGAGGUCAAGCACUUCAAACUGGCUCGAAGUAUUUCAAGACUUGUCAUUGACCCGGACUUGAAACCAAGCUCCAAAGAAAAGAGGUGCGCUACAGUUCGUCAUUGGUGUUUCUUUCAGACAUUAUGUUUUUGCAGAGUACUCAUGCAAGUGUGUAAUUCUCCUCCCACGCAAAAGCUGACUAGCGAUGACAAAAUGUUACUGUGGAAAUUUCGUUUCUACUUGUCGACCGACAAAAAGGCGCUUACAAAGUUUCUUCGAUGCGUUGAUUGGAAUGACGCACAGGAAGCAAAGCAAGCGACGGAAUUGAUGCAUAAGUGGGAACCUGUUGAUAUUCCAGAUGCUCUGGAGCUCUUAUCUGCUGAUUUUGAGAGUGAGGAGGUACGAGCAUAUGCAGUUGAGGCCUUGAGGAAGAAAACAACGGCGGAGGAGCUGCAGUGCUACUGGUUGCAGCUAGUACAAGCUCUUCAGUUUGAACGAUGUGACAAGUCCCCGCUUGCUUAUUUUUUGGUAGAGAAAGCGGUGCAAAUCCCAGACCUGGCUAAUUCUUUUCAUUGGUAUGUGAUGAAGGAACUCGCCAAAGCGACAGAACCCUCAAACAAAACGAAGAGAUUUUUUUCCGUGCACGACUUGUUUGAGACACAGAUGUUGAAGGAGAAGCCUAUGGAUUAUAGCGGAAAGCCGCUGCUGGACCAGCUUCACCGUCAAACUGAGCUUGUUUCUAAGCUCUGCAGUAUUGCCACGGCUGUCAAGGAUGUUGCUGACAAGGACGAGAAGCUUCGUCAACUGCUUAGCGACUUGACCUCAUUUGAGGAGCUGCCUUCCCCCUUGGAUCCGAAAAUUAUAAUCACGGGGAUCGUACCAUGUGAAUCAUCAGUGUUCACGAGUUCACGUAGUCCACUAGUAUUAACUUUUCGAACUGUGGCUGGUGGAAGCUGCAAGGUCAUGUUCAAAAAAGGUGAUGAUCUCCAACAAGAUCAGCUGGUGAUCCAACUUAUCACUCUGAUGGACCAGCUCCUGAAAGUGGAGAACCUUGAUCUGCAGCUCACGCCUUACAGGGUUCUUGCUACCAACAAGGACGAGGGAUUGCUCGAGUUCGUGACAGGAUCAAAGAAUUUGCAAACGAUUUUGGUCCGUCACAGGUCUAUCAUCAACUACUUUCGACAAUGCCAUCCCGAUCCAGAGGGUCAAUUCGGGAUCAGCGCACCAUGUCUCGAAACUUUUGUGAAGAGCUGCGCUGGAUAUUGUGUUAUAACGUACAUUUUGGGUGUGGGAGACAGGCACUUGGAAAACUUACUGAUCAGAGACGAUGGACGAUUAUUUCAUGUAGAUUUUGGCUUCAUUCUUGGCAAGGAUCCAAAGCCUUUCCCUCCACCUAUGAAGCUGUGUAAAGAAAUGGUCGACGCCAUGGGAGGUAUUAACAGUGAAUACUACGGGAAGUUUAAGCUAUACUGCUGUGAGGCAUUCAACAUUCUGAGGAAGUCCAGCAACUUAAUACUGAACCUCUUCUAUUUAAUGUCAAAUUCCGAAGUUGCAAUCUUGAAGUUGCAAGAAAAAUUCCAAUUAUCUUUGGACGACGAGGAAGCUAUCCAGUUUUUCCAAUUACUGAUAAACGAGAGUGUUAAUGCUCUUUUUCCUCAAGUGGUGGAUACAAUGCAUCGCUGGGCACAAUACUGGCGAUAUGGAAAAGUAUGAAACCAUGCCACUUGUAAGACGUGUUAACAAAAUACACAAUUCUUUCAAAACGAUCUCGCUUUA